ACGGCGGCUAAUGGGUUGUGUAAGAAACAUUUUUUUAUUGGAGACUGACAUGCGAAGGCGAAACUAUCCUCGAAUUUAUUUUGCUACUCACCGGUUGCUUAUACCUUAAAUUAGCGGCAUGAAUAGGACAUGCACUGGGAAUAAUGCAUACACGGUAUCGUUUACAGAAACACGACAAUGCUGUGGUCGACUGAAGAUUGAUUUAAAAAAUCGCGUUUUGUGAUUGUGUCCACUCGACGACCCGUGGUGACUCCGUCGCCUUGGUAACCCGCUCCUCCUCGGCAGCUCCGGUCAACACAGCGGCCUGUUGUUAUUUACCUCAGAAUUAACUAAAUAAGUAUACGCGGUUAAUUUAUGUUCGCGAUAACGUGCGGCGGAUAGAUCAAUCCGUAUAUCUUUGAACGUUUAAUUAAUUUUAGAUACCGUGUAAUUUAAAUCGGACGCGCGUUUUGAACUCCGCGGACAGAUGCCGCGCAACUUCGGCUAGGCCCGAGGCGUGAAUCACAAGCUGCUGAAAAUAAAAAAAAUAUCAGUCGAGUAAUUACUACCAUUAUUACUGGAGCGGCGGUUAGUCGUCGUGGUGGCACUGGUAUCAUAGCUCUUAGUUUAUAAUUGACGACAAAUGGCUACGAGUAACGGUGGGAGCGCGAGCGAUGGCGAGGCGCGCAGGCCCGUCGUGCUGGAGGUGCCGAGCGGUCGCUGGGCCGGGACGGAGGAGGAGGAGGCGGACGGAGCCGUGGACGGGAGCCUCAACAGCAGCCACUCCAGCGAUCACACAGAAACUCCGUCGACGAGACCCAGUUGCAGCGCCAGAGAGAGGAGGCGGAGGAAAAGGGGUGGUGACUUCACGUCUGGCGAAUGGAAUUCCCCUCCUGAGGACAAACUGCCCAUCGCCAUGAAAAUUGCAGAGGCACACAUGAGAAACAAACAGAUACCUGAAGCUAUGACAGAGCUUAUACGGUGUGUGGCUCUGAGUCGAAUUGUUUUUGGAGAUGAGCACUGGCAGGUGGCACAAGCUUAUGCCAACCUGGCUCAUGGUUAUCUAAGCCUGAGAGGCCUGGCACCGCAAGCAAAGCUGCACUGUGAAACAGGCCAGGCGAUCAUGUUGACAGCGCCUCACAGUCCCUCGUCACCGGGAGAGCGCACCAACAUCCUCAAAACUCUCUUCACAAUCUACUGCACGCUGGGAAAGGCCAACACUCAUCUAAAAAAUUUGAAAGAGGCAGAACAAGGCCUGCUUAGGGCAGAGCAGAUUGCAAAUGAGCUGUCAAAGACAGGGAUGGUGCUGGAGAGAGAACAGGGGGACAUGGACGUGGAAGUCACACAAGCCCUGGGCAGAUUGUCCAUACAACAGGAGAAGCCAGCUCUGGCAGUUGAGCGACUGAAGAAGACACUUAAACUACUGCAGUUGUCAGUUGGGGAGGACAGCCCUGAGCUGAUCCCAGCCUACCAGGAUCUGGCCCAUGCAGAGGACGCACGGCAGAACCACCAGCAGGCAAUCGAGAACCUCCUGCAGGCUCACUCCAUUGCGCUGGCCUCUUACACCACCGACAGCAAGGAGGCAGCAGAGACGGCUCACAUCAUGGCCAAGGCAUGUGCAGCAGCCAAAGAUGAAGAGUUUGAGGGCUUGGCUGAGAAAUACUUUGUAGAGAGCCUGAACUCCUAUGAGCUGGUGUAUGGAUCUGACAGUACUGAGUGGCUUUGUGUGCAAGAUGAUCUCUGCCACCUACUGGUUCGUGCCAAAAGACAUCAGGAAGCAAUUAUCAGGCUCCAAAUCUCCCUGAAUGUCAAGGCGUCUGUGUUUGGGGAGUUCAGCAAGGAACUGGCGGAGACUCACCACCUCAUGGGAGGAAUCCGAAUGGCCGAGGGCCAAUUGGAAAAAGCUUACAAACACCUCAACAAGUGUCUGGAUGUUCAAACAAUCCUGUACGGCGCUCAGCACAAGAAAACCAAGUCUACACAGAAAACCUUAGACAUGCUCUCCAAGGCUCCGUCAAUGGCAAAUAAACAGAAAAUCUCUUCUGCUGAGAACAUCAAAGGGCGACCGCUAUUCACUGCUGUUGUCAGCAGACAAAAACCACUUGGAGGAACCAAGGGAAAUGUCUACGAUUGAAGUAAUGUUUGUAACCACAAGACCAAGUCCAGUUCAAACUGUACAGCAGGAAAAGACGAUGAAAAGUGUAUAUUUAUGAUUUUUACAAUAUAAAUGUUGUGUUUAUAAAUUAUCACAUUUACAAAGACUCAAUAUAAUGCAGUGUCUUUCGGAGCCUCCAUCAAUAUACCACUUAUCAAUUAUUUAUUGUAAGUUGAAUCACCUAUCCAAUGUUUAUACGUUACUAUGCAACAUUAAAAUAUGAAUAAUAUCCAAACCAAUGAGUUUCCUAUGAGACUGCAUUAGACCUGUCUGCAUGGCCACAUGCUUUCUUUUAGAAGUAGUUGCCAAGUGCAAGCAUGGAAAAUGGUGCUUAAGAAUUUUAGAAUCAAAUGUUACAACAGAAAACUAACAACAAUAUCUAUAAUCACCACUUAUUGAAUAUCAAUUAAAGUCCUGGCAAAAAAAUGCUUUUCUCGAACUGUGGCGUUUGAAUCCUUGUUCGCGGUAAAACAUUUUAUUCUGUAUUUUAAUCUAGACAUCGGUUUGUAAAAUAUAAGUAUGAUUUAGGCUUUAAGCAUGCAGUCCAUUUAUGUUGGAAUUUGGACUAAUCAAUUAUCUUUUAUGUCUCAAGUGUACAUUUUAAAUAAAUUGUCAUUGCUCAUUAUGAAAUGUU